AUGGUCGGCGAUCCCGGGGUUCCUGGUCCCGCCCUCUCCGGACCACUGGGUGGAUACUGGGUCUCUCACUACCCCGAGCACCCGGAGUACCGUAUCGAUCCGGAAGAUGUCAUCUUCCACUCAUCGAAGCCGACGACGGGGCUCGGAGGGGGACUAGUGGUCGACGCCGCCCACUGGCUCGUUAUCGCAAAGGCCUUGGUCUACGCGUAUCUGGCUCCUGGAGGGAGGAAAAAGAAAGCUUCUCCCCCAGACGAGCUCUGUUGCGAGCCUUUCUGGUGCAACAGGCUUCAAAUCCUCUUGGUGGCAACGAUGCCUCCCCCACCACUGCCAAUCUCCGCUGCCCCGGCUGUCGCCAAGAGAGGGCUGUGCGCCGGUCCUACCAUUUUCCAAGAUACUGCAUCCCAAGCCCGCGUACUUGAAGAAGAGCCGCCGUGGUCCAGCCGAGGACCUGCGCAACGAAAUGCCCCGCCUCCACUCAUCGACGUCGAUCGUACUACUGUCCCCCAAGUCGAACCAUCCCUCGCCCAAAAUAAGAAGGGCGUCCCCUGUCACCGGGCGAACGUCGCUAUGGCGCCAAUCUACGAGAUGACCGCUAUCUCGCUCGACCCGCCGAUGAUGCUGGUCAACUCUUGCGAGUUUUGCAACCGGGACGGGAAGCCGGGGGCGUGCGACGGUCGAGGGGUCAUCUUUUCCGCGAACGCAGACCAGAGUCGUCACCAGACGCCCGGCGAUACCAUCUUUCGAGUGUCUGUUCACGAUACUGUGGGAGUGCGCCCCAACCUGCCUUUCGGCGCGGACUACGCAAGUCAGGUGAGCGUCGCAAAGCGCAUUUCGCUUGGCGCUGGCGGGAGACCCAAGGAUUUCUAG